GGGCAGAUGAUCUCGAAGAUGUAUCGAUGUUCCCUUCGAUGAAGGAGAGCAAGGAGAAUAAAGACGAGUAAAGGAAUGGAGCCGGUCAGGAGCCAGAGUAUCAAGAUAACCUUUGAGGGGGACAUGACGACCACACCCAUAAGGGUGGCAGCCACCAAGUCGGCGAGAGGGUCUACAUCGAAGAAAACUGAUACGGAUUACGUGAUGGAUGAGGAGGUUAUCCUUUCGCCGCGAAAACGGGGAGUGAAGAAGUUUUUAAUGAAGAGUUCGCUGGACGAGAUUGACACGGUCGAACCACUGAGGAGGGCCCUUCGACAGCCCAUGCAAUGCUCUAUUCUGGAGUACCUGGCGGCAUCGAAGCCGGCUCGCGAUGAGUUACAGAUGAUCACGCGCAAGACUCGCAUACCUCUAUCAGAGGAGGGGCAAGGGGCCCCUAAGGCGGAAGCUUCUACAAUAGCAGUGACGGGGGUGACUGCCAGAACGGAUCGCAUGGCAACAGUCCUUCUCGAUGGAAUGGAAGGUGUGCCUCCAGACAAAUUUUAUAUACUUGGUAGUGGGGCAGUGGAGACAAUUAUAAACGAUGGAGCGAUACUUGAUGCUGUGAUCGAUAACGGCAGUGAGGCAGUUAUCAUAGACGACGACCUGGCAGUGCAGGUUGGGCUGGGCAUCGAUAGGUCGUAUCUAUUCGAGAUAGAGACGGCUGAUGGCAGAAAGCAACAGAUCACAGGGGUUUGUCACAGGGCAGCCAUAGAGGUCCAAGGGGUACGAGUGACCCUGCCUGUCYUUGCAGUCAAGAACUGCAGCUCUGACCUGCUCUUGGGACGGACGUGGCUAAGCCACGUGCAUGCGGUGACGAUAGAGCGACCUGACGGGAGCCAGACAUUGUCCAUUAAGAAGCCAGACGGGACGCGAGUGAUGAUUGAGACGGUGGAGCCUCGGGACCCGAGGAACAGAGYCGCUCUCGCUGUGGGUGCGAGACCCAGUGAUCAGGUUAGGUCUUUACCUAUCUCCAGCCGCGCGGUGCGAUUUCGCGRGAAGGAGUAUGGACCACUGCUUACAGAGGAAGAAGGCCGAAUCGUCGAGGUAGAAGAUUUAGGGAGUCGGUUAAUAGUGGAUGGCAACUCAUCCCCAAAGGAAGAAGAUGAGGAAUUAGGCGGUGUGGUAUCCGUGUCUUUUUUAAGGGCACGGCCCCCUACGGGGGGCCGCCUAAGCGACACAAGCGAGUAACUCAAAAAGUUAAGCCGGCGGCGGUGGGCCGCGAGCGAUCUCCACUGGAAGGGAUAUCGGAAGAAGAGAUCGCGAAAGAAAUCAAAGAAAGGAAGAGAA